AUGGCUAGGGUAAAUUGUUUGAUAAUAAAUCGAUUAGACAACUAUGACCUUAACGUUGUUGCUGUCGGCGCUUGGCCACAACCGAAUUUCAAGCAGUUCUCUGGAUAUCUUCAUGGGUCAUCUGAUAAGGUCAACAUUCAUUACUGGCUCGUCGAAGCUGCUUCGUCACCGGAGUCAGCUCCCCUAAUUGUAUGGUUAAACGGUGGACCAGGAUGCUCUUCCUUAGAUGGUUUGCUUACUGAAAAUGGUCCUUACCUCCUCCAUGAAGGACCUCGUCUUGUGGAAAAUCCAUACUCCUGGAAUAAAAUUGCUAAUAUUUUGUAUCUAGAGGCCCCAGUAGGUGUGGGAUUCUCUUAUUCUACUGAUUCAUCUCAAGUAUGGAAUGAUGAUCAAAUUUUCAUUUUUAUAUACAACGGUGAUAUUGAUAUGGCAUAUAAUUAUAUUGGCGAUGAAUGGUUUGUGGAUAAUUUAAACCUAACGAGCAGAGUUCCCCGUUCACCUUGGUUAUAUGUUGAGAAAGAUGGUACAAAACAGAUCGGCGGAUAUUGGAAAUUGCUAACAUCCAAUGUAUCGAGUUUGCUGUAUACCACUGUUCGGGGUGCAGGACAUAUGGUGCCACGAGAUAAACCUGCUGUAGCGUUUCACAUGAUUGAUAGCCUCAUUCACUUCACACCUUUUUAAUAUAUAGUGGAUUGUAACAGGAUAUUUGACCAACUGUUUAUAUCACUAAUUCUAAUUUUGCUUUUGAUUAUUUUGUCAUAAAAC